CUUUCGACAGCUAAACUAUUAUUGUUUUGGUCUCUAAUCGUGGGGAACGAAAGUUUUGGACACAUUCAAUUGCACAUAAGUUUUAAAAAUAGUACUAAUAAAAAUUCUAUUGUAAUUCCCAUUUAUAGAAUAUAAAGAUAUGCUUCUACGAAUUACUUCAAAUUUUCUGAAAAAUGGUUACAUAAACAAAACUGCCGGUCGGGUACUUGUAAGUUACGGACACAGGAAAUACACAGCCGCAGCCGAUCCGGAUGCACCAAUCGAGCUGGAUAAAAAUCCUUAUGCGAAGGAACAAAUCAAAUGUAUUCUGUGCAGACACAACAUUGUUCCCGACUAUAAAAACGUGCAGCUCAUGUCGCAAUUUCAAAGUCCCUAUACAGGGCGUAUUUACGGGAAACACAUCACCGGUUUAUGUAAAGCACGCCAAGAACAAGUUGAAAGGGAAAUAAUUAAAGCCCAAAACGCUGGUCUCAUGGCGACUUAUCAUAAAGCGGUUCAGUUCCUCAAUGACCCGAAGCUGUUUGAUCCCGAGAAACCAUCGAGACCGCACAAAUAUUGAAUAUUGAAAUAUAUUAUAUUAAUAUAAUUAUAUAA